GUGCAGUGCAUACUGCUGUCUCUUCACUAAUGGCACUUUUUCCUGAAAAAUACCGCAUCAGCCCUGUAAACAUAAUUUAGUCUAAUUUUUAAAUCACUAUAAGAUUUUAUUAGCACCGAUUUGAAAUUCAGUAGGAUCUAGCCAAUAGAUUUUUUUCAAAUGUAUACCGUAAGUAGGCUACAUUUGAAAUUGGUUGAAGACAUUGUGGAUCUUACAUCAGUACAACUGAGUCAUGCACCGAAGAAAAAUCUCAAUUUUGGAAUAUCUGGAGUCCUUAUGGCUAUGUAUGAUGAAGAUAUCUUAAAAAAUCCUUUUUAUCUGGCAAUUCAAAAACAGCGCCCUGAUCUUUGUAGCAAGGUUGCAGAAGUUCAUGGUAUUGUUUUGGUGCCAUGCAAAGGAAGUCUGUCAAGCAACAUUCAAUCUACUUGUCAAUUUGACUCAUAUGUUUUAAAACCAGCAGAAGAGAGUUUUCAGACCUUAAAUGGAAAGGAAGUUUUAAUUCAAGGCAACAGGAUUAAAUUAGGAACUGGUUUCCACUAUCCCCUGUCAGUACCAAUUCUCUUUGAAGAAACGUUCUACAAUGAAAAAGAAGAAAGCUUUAGCAUAUUGUGUAUAGCUCAUCCUUUGGAAAAAAAAGAGACCUCAGAAGAAUCUUUGAUCCCAACAAAUUCCUUCUCCCUGACGACAAUUGAAGAUGUAAGAGAAUUUUUGGGACGACAUUCUGAAAGAUUUGAUAAAAACAUCGUGUCUUUCCAUAGGACCUUCAAAGAAUUUGAAAGGAAGAGCCUCCGUCAUUACAUAGAUUCUGUUAAUGCACUUUACACCAAAUGUCUCCAGCAGUUACUAAGGGAUUCUCAUUUGAAAAUCCUAGCAAAACAGGAACCUCAAAUGAAUCUAAUGAAACAAGCAGUUGAAAUGUAUAUACACCAUGAUAUUUAUGAUCUGAUCUUUAAAUACGUGGGAACUAUUGAGGCUAGUGAGGAUGCUGCCUUUAACAAAAUUACAAGGAGCCUUCAAGACCUCCAGCAAAAAGAUAUUGGAGUUAAGCCUGAGUUCAGCUUUAACAUACCUCGAGCAAAGCGAGAACUGGGUCAGCUCAACAAAUGUACCUCUCCACAACAGAAGUUGGUUUGUCUAUGGAAAGUGGUGCAGCUAAUUAUGCAGUCGCCUAGCCAAAGAGUUAACAUGGAGACAAUGUGUGCAGAUGAUCUGCUCUCAGUCCUCUUAUAUUUGCUCAUAAAAACAGAAAUUCCUAAUUGGAUGGCAAACUUGAGUUACAUCAAAAACUUUAGAUUCAGUAGCUCCACAAAAGAUGAACUGGGAUAUUGCCUGACCUCCAUUGAGGCGGCCAUAGAAUACAUCCGUCAAGGAAACCUCUCUGAAAAGCCUUCUGACUCUGGAGGAUUUAGUGAUAAACUUUUCUUUAGGCAAAAAAUGAACAUACUCUCCCAAAUGAGCUCUACCCCAAUUGAUUGUUUGUUUAAGCAUGUUGCUUCUGGUAACCAGGAGGAAGUGGAGAGACUGCUAAGUCAAGAUGACCACGAUAAGGACACUGUUCAAAAAAUGUGUCAUCCUCUCUGCUUCUGUGACAACUGUGAAAAAUUGGUCUCUGGGAGGCUGAAUGAUCCUUCAGUGGUCACUCCAUUUUCCAGAGAUGACAGAGGCUAUACUCCACUGCAUAUAGCAGCUAUUUGUGGUCAGGCAUCCCUAAUUGAUCUGCUGGUUUCGAAAGGGGCCGUGGUGAAUGCAACAGAUUAUCAUGGGUCAACACCUCUUCACCUUGCUUGUCAGAAGGGAUUUCAGAAUGUUACACUUCUCCUGUUGCACUAUAAGGCAAAUGCCGAUGUUCAAGACAAUAAUGGCAAUACUCCUCUUCAUUUAGCCUGCACUUAUGGUCAUGAGGAUUGUGUGAAGGCUUUAGUCUACUAUGAUGUCCAUUCUUGUAGACUAGAUAUUGGGAAUGAAAAAGGAGAUACUCCUCUUCACUUAGCCGCUCGCUGGGGUUAUCAAGGGAUCAUAGAAGUACUGCUGCAAAAUGGUGCCAGUACAGAUGUCCAGAACCGAAUGAAGGAAACAUCAUUGCAAUGUGCAUUAAACUCUAAGAUUUUAUCAGUGAUGGAAACAAAUUACCAAACCUUUGAAAAGGGACACAGAUCUUCUGAGUCCCCAGGUAGGUCUCCACAAUGCUCAGGAGUCUCCAUUAGCCGCGAAUCUUCCAUCUCAAGCCUAUCUUCAGUGGCCACAGAACCCCGGCAAGAAGAAACCAAAAACAAUUAUAAAGAGGUAGAAAAACUUUUAAGAGCUAUUGCUGAUGGAGAUCUGGAAAUGGUGCGUUAUCUCCUGGAGUGGAUGGAAGAAGAUGUAGAAGAAACAGAGGAACCAGUCAGCCCAGUGAAAUUUGAGUUCUGUCAUCCUUUAUGCCAGUGUCCCAAGUGUGCGCCCGCACAGAAGAAGCUCACCAAGUCCCCCGGGAAUGGACUUGGAGUGAAUGUAACAAACGAGGACGGCUUCACACCAUUGCACGUUGCUGCUCUGCACGGUCGAGCCGACCUCGUCUAUCUUCUGCUGAAGCACGGCGCCAAUGUCGGGGCAAAGAAUGUCAAUAAGGCGGGAGCUCUUCAUCUCGCCUGCCAGAAAGGUCAUUUUCAGGUGGUGAAGUGUUUAAUGGACUUCAAUGCCAAACAAAAUAAAAGGGAUAUAAAUGGAAAUACACCCUUAAUUUAUGCAUGUUUGAAUGGCUAUCAUGAAACAGCUGCUUUGUUAUUGGAGGCCAUCUCCCUCAACCAAAACUGUACAACAGUCCCUCAGUCGCAGGUGUUGGUGACUAUUUUUAACUGCUUCUUUCAUGGAGCCUCCAUUAACGUUUGUAACAACAGGGGCAACACAGCCCUGCAUGAAGCGGUAAUAGGAAAUCAUGACGUCUUGGUCGAGCUCUUGCUGCUGCAUGGAGCGCUGGUCCAUCUCAGGAACAAGAGGCAGUGUACCCCUCUAGACUGUGCUGAGCAGAAUUCAAAGAUUAUGGCGUUGUUGAAGACAGUACCAGACUGUGUUGCACCAUCAGAAGAUACGGGAGAAGAUACGGGUGAAAAGCACUCUGCUAUUAAGAUCAGGAAAAAAUUGAAUUCAAAGCUGCCUGAGACACCAAGUGAUCCUUUUAGCAGACGAUUUCAGUUUGUCCAUUCAGUCAAUAACAAAUCGAAAGCUUUGCGAGAAACUCUGACAAGAAAUAGAAGUGUUCCAAAUUUUGAUGAUGGUGUGAUUCAACAGGGUGUUGAAAAAGUUCAUCACACUGAGCAAUUGGACCAGAAUGUACUUAAAGCAACUGCUGAAGAAAGCAACGCAAAGGAAGCCCUGAGAACUAAACAGAUAGAGCAGAGGCACACCAUCGGCAAGACAGAAGUUCCAGAGAAUCCCGAAAGUCUUGAAAAUAGUGAUUUAUUAGUGCAAGAUCCUACUAAUCCUCCACCUGAAGAUUCCUAAAACAGUAACCGAGAAUUAUUUGUUGGCAAAAAGUGAAGAAACAGCAGAAUGAUGGCACUGAAGAUGAGUUGAGGCUUGGAGGCUGUACCUUUCCAAUGGACUAGAAGAGUGUCUCUUCAGCUAAAAGUUCUUGGUGGACUUGUUCUUUAGAGAAGGAAAGUAAAAUGUUCCAUUUUGGGGACACAAUUUGUGACUGAACUGGUGGAAAAUGGUCGAGAAAGGUGUCUGCACCAUUUGUCCCCUCCCUCAAAGUUAAAGCACUUAAAGAAUGAGCAAAAAGGGUUCAGGGACACCAACUCUUGGGUGAUGGUUUAUUUUCAUUCAGGUUUUUGGGUCACUUGGUUAGCUUAUGAGAAAAUUCAGUACCAGGUUAUAACUCCUUUCUGUUGAAAGGUUACAAACUAUAUAGUGUGUAAUAGACUUAAAUGUUAUUUCACUAUCACUUUAUAAUGAACUGGGCAGAGCUGUUCAAAUUUACUAACAAAAUGCAGUGCAGUUACUCUGCAGAAAAAUCAACAUUUGAAUCCCUGCAAAGCAGAAUUUGAACCUGCACUGUCCAAGUUCCACUCACAUUUAUUUUUAGUGAGUAAACAGGCAUCUCAAGCUUGUGCAGCAGUAAGUAUAUAAAAAAAUCUUUUUUUAAAAUCCCUGCAAACAUGCACAAAUAUUUAUACCUCUGCACCGAUAUUAAUGAGAACCUGCACAUUCAUGAAAAGCUACCCUCCCUUAAAUGUUACCUUUGAAGGAUGUCACAAUCGAUAUUCAAUUUGGCACAUCUCUCCUUACAGGCUUUCAAUUCAAAUUUAACAUUUAUAGCACAAACCGAGUUAAAAUGAUUUUGGUUUAAAAUGUUUCAUCAGAUUCACAUUUGUUCCUUUUAUAAAUUUAUAUAUAAUAUUUUGGUUUUAUUUUUUUUACUAUGUCAAUAACCUGGGUGAACAUAGGAACUUGUCCUAAGUUUGUUUUCAGAUGACUUUUUAAUAGAAAAAAAUGGCUUGUGCAUGCUCUUGGAAACAGGUGCGUGCUUAUAGAAAGGAGGGGUUGUGUAUAUUUUUCUAUGAAGUAAUUUAUGAUUUCUGCUAAUUUUCUAAUGUGCCUUGGAUAUGUGCCAAAUGAUGGAAAGAGUAAAACUUAUGAUUCCUGAAAAUGUUAAA